AAUGAGAACAUUUAAGAGAAAACAUAGUCCCACAUCGGUUAUUUAAGCAAAGAAUGAAGUGUUUAUAAAUGAACUAAAACACAAAGUAAACGUGUUCGUGAAAAGGAGAGAUGGUUGGCAUCUCCCCUGACAGGGAUGGGAACAGCCUUCGGGCUUUCCUGUUACACAGCUCGGUUAAGGCUAUCCACCUCAUUGAGGUCGGAUCUAUAACCCAUUUUUUUUUUUUCAUUUUUUUGCUAACUGCUUCUUCUCUCAUGUUUCUUCGUUCGUGUCUUCUUCAAAUCUACACCAACCCUAACCAGACAAUCUUGCACCAUUGGUGAUUAAAUAACGACCAAAAAUGAUUUUGGACAAGAAAGACAUUGAGGAAACUCAUUAUGAGGUUCUCAAUGUGAAGGAGGAUGCAAAUUAUGAAGAAAUCCGUGCUAGUUACCGAAGUGCUGCACUCAGUUUACAUCCUGAUAAACUAUUAAAGACAUCUGAGACAUCAAACAGUAACCAAACAACUUCAGAGAGAUUUCUCAAAGUACACAAAGCAUGGGAAAUUCUAAGCGAUUCAACUACUCGUUUAUUUUAUGACAAGGAGCUCAAAAGUUCAAGGCGGGAGGAUUUCUUGUCUUCUGAAGUUGCAGAAGAUUUAAGCUUACAGGAUAUGACAGUUGAAGAUGCUGGUGAAAUAUUGGAACUGUUUUAUCAAUGUCGAUGCGGUGAUUACUACGCUGUGGACUCGUUGGAAUUGCAGAAAAUAGGGUAUUCCUUGUCGAGAGAUGGAAACAAUGUCAGCAUUUCUAUACUCAAUGUUGAUACUUUACCGGGAUCAGUGAUUCUUCCUUGUGGAUCUUGUUCGUUGAAAGCUCGUCUUGUACUCAGUAUGGAUAACAGUUGAAAUUAUCAACAUUUUUGGCAUGACCGGUGACGAUUACGAUUACUAGCAUUUUUUUAUGAAGAGAUCGAAUUAAUGAUAAUUGGCCGUUGUUGGAAAUUUUCUUGGGGCCGAAACUGUAAGUGCCAUUUUCAAUGUCGAAAUUUGAAAUUGAAAUUAAUACAGUGAUAUUAGUUUCAGAA